AUGGUCUUUGGCGUCCAUUUGCUUGCAAAACAACAAGCCAAGUCAUCCGUCACCGUCAUGCAAAUCCUGCAAGGUCACGUCGAUGAGGUGGACGAAUUCAUCCAACGCACGACCGAGGACUUUCUCAUCAUUCACUUGGAUGUGCGCACGCGGAUCCAGUACCUGAGCUUGCCCCUCAGCAAUCUCUCAGUCUUUGAUGACAUGUUGAAUGACCGACACUUUCGACUCUCGCUGGUCUCUUACAAUGACCAGAUCGAACACGCCGUCGAGCGAUUCACCCUGGCCAUCACCGAUGCUCUCAAGGACUUGCAAAAGGCCAAGGAAGCGGUGGUCAUAUUCUGGCAGCAUUUGCAACAAGCCGUUGCCGACGGAGGAUUUCAAACCGAGAGUCUUCAACCCUUUGCUCAGACUAUGAUGGAGAAUAUGGAUGGCUGGAUGCGCGCGCUUACGAAACUCUGUCGACAAGGACAAGGUCUUCAGGAGGCUCUUGGCCAGCUCGCCUUUACCAUUAUGGAAAUGCAAAGACGGGUGGGGGUAGCGAGUCGAAAAGAUGUGCGCUCCAUGAGUAAUGAUACCGGAGCCACUUCCGCUCGAUCCAAAUCGAUUCGUCGAAAGCUCUUCUCGCGAGGCUCCGGUCCCGGGACCCCGGGGCGAAGGUCAUCAGAAAAGCCCCUUCCUCGGGAUCCAUUUUUAGAGAUCCAGACGCUGGGUACUCGACCAGCAUCCAGGCUGGAUGCCGUUGGUCCCGGUGCGAAGCAGAGCCAGUCUUCCAGGCCCAAUAGCGCAAUGCCCCAAGUUCUCAACCGUGCCAAAUCAUGCAGUGCUUUGGCGAGCGACAUCAAUCAUCCCCCGGAUGCACCCCGUCCACCUUCACGCUCCGCAUCUCGACUCUCCAAGGCAUUUUCUCUCGGACGACCAUUCCCCUCCACCAAGCGGGCCUACGAUGACCAACCAAACAGUCUCGGUCCCAACAUCAAACACCACACCAUCGUCAAUCCUGACAACAGACCCUCUACCGCCCCAGCAUCCCAAGGUCCCCCCUUGGACCGUCCCAAAUCACGAUGGACUCUCAACAGACCACAAACUCGUCAAUCAAGCCGUCCGCCUCAAUCAGCUUUCCCUUCCACAACAACACCUCCAUCCGACCCACAAGACCCUCGCCACGAGGAGAAAAUCGUAGAAUCUGAAGACACUUUAAAGGAACAAAUCACCCACUUCCUGAAAACCGACCGCGUCGUCGAAGCAUGGGAUAACAUCGCCAAGACAGCUAAUUGCUGCGGUACAUCCAUUGCAAAGACCAAGCAAUGGCCCAGCAGCGUCUUCCGGGCCAAAGCAUCAUCCACUGCAGAUGGCCCAGUGUCCGCACAAACCCCACAGACUGCACCCACAGAAACCACCAGCACAAAGACAAAGACUCCACUACGUAACCAUCGAUCAAGUUCCCUCUCUAGAUUCGCAUCUAGAGCCCGAAGCAAAAGCGCCGGUAGAGCCAUGACUGCUCCAACACCAAGGACGCCGACAACGAAUCCCACCACGACCGCAACACCAACAGCCGUGAAGCCCGACUCUUCACAAGUGCCGUUCCCCCAAGAGUCGGAGGAUAUGAACACCUUUUUCUUCAAAAAAAGACCAUCAACAUCGCCACGAAUCCACGUCCUCUCAAUUGCCAUUGACGAAGAGUUGGAAAAGAGCUUCACAACAAGUAGUCAGAGUCACAGCCACAGCCACAGCCACAGCAAGACAGAAUCCUAUACUCAUGGCCAGAGCCGAGCUCGCGCUCGCGCUCGAUCUCAGGCCCGAAACCGCGAAAGCACAACCGCAAAUGCAAGCACAAGCGCAGGCACAACUACAAGCGCAAGCACGAACGAGAGCAUAGAUCUCACAACCCGAAUCCAAAUAAACUCACAUACGAUGGGGAGCGAGGAGCUGCAGAGUGACCAUGGAUCUAAUGCAGAGACGGGCUCGAUUAUCACGGCUUUGCCUCGUAUUCCUGUACAUGCGUCUAUGCCGUUGGGUCCGGCACGGGGUUCGGCGGGGGGAUGGAGUGUUUUUCCAGUUGUGGCGUGA